AUCAAGAAGCUUUCAACAUCUCAACUUACAUCUCUUCUCAUUCUCUCUUUAAAAAUAUAUCGGAGAUUUCUGAAGCUAUUCAAUAGUUUUCUUGAGCUAUGACGUCCCAGAAAUCUGUGUUGCAAUUGAGUGUUCACGAGGAAAGAAUCAGGAAGAAAGUGUGGGCGACCGUUUCUAAAUUUUCAGGGGUUACAUCGAUAGCAAUGGAUGAUAAAACCGGGAAAAUGACGGUAGUUGGUGAAGUUGAUGUACCCGUUAUCGUGAAGAAGCUAAGGAAAAUAUGUAAUGCAGAACUCGUUACGGUUGAAGUUGUUAAACCACCUGAGAAAAAGCCUGAACCGGAGAAACCGAUUCCAGCUAAACCCGCCGAAAUUGUUGCCUUUCCAGUUACACAGUUUAGCCACCCGUACCAAUAUCAAUAUUCAUAUGCAAAUUCUUACUAUCAACCAUACGAUAAUUACAGAGUUGUGGUGGAGGAACCAAAUACUUGUGUGGUUAUGUAAUUUUCUAGUUCUCUUUCAAUAAAUUCAGUUUUGGUUGAUGUUAAUAAAAAUCAAUUUUGGUCAAUGGAACAUUUAUUUAAUUCAAUUUCUAUGAAAUACUUAAUUUUUAGUUGUGA